AUGUUGCUGAGGCUGACGCUGUUGCUCCUGACGUCUCCGUGGCUCAGCGACACUUUCGUCGCCUACGACCGUCGGAAUCGGGUCGACGAGCUCGUGACGCCUCCUCCAGAUGACGUCACCAGACACGCUAGCUUCUACAGGCCCUCCGUCAAGGUCGCGUUCGUCAACUCCGAGGCUCGUCACAGGAUGUAGGUGACAUUACUCAUGCAUCGAAGCAGAGCAAAAAUUGAAAAUUAAAUAUAAAAAAAGCUUUCCCGUUUAAAUUUUCAAUUUUUACGUUUUUUGUUUGGUGAACUCAAAAAGUCAGAAAAAAUUGUAGGGCGACCCGACUUGCAGGAGGCAAAGUUCGGAUAGUCCAAACGCCUUCCAAAGUCGUUCCGGUUCUAGUUGAAGAUGAAAAAAUCCAGGUAAAUUUCAAUUAAAUUCUUUGAAACUUAGUUCUAAAAAUAGAUUCGGUUUGGCGGCGGCCCGAAAAUGCAUCUACCGUAUCCCCGCGUCGCCGUCUAUCAGGUUGGAUUCAAAUCGAGAAACAUCAGCUAUCAAAAAAAAAAGAAAAACAAUAAUCUAUCUGUUUUAUGAUUACGACUCGAUUGAAAUGCCGCCAACAGAAGCGACGUCAUCGACCAAAGCGAUGACGUCAGAGCCUUCGGGACCUCUCCGAUGGCACACCGAAGCCACAGAAGCGCCCAACUUCUCUGCUCAACCUGCUCUGUACCUUCCUUCGAGGUCUAUCUUCUCUUAUUUAACAUUAGAUUUUUGCGAAGCUGAACUAGGAUAUAGUAGAAGAAUCAUUUUCCAGGUUCCAUCGCAACGACGCCAACGUAGUCGUUGUCUUCAAACGCAAAGAGAAAAGGCUCAACUGA